GGGUGCCCAAGAGUGGCGACUGUAGGGACGGGCCCUAGGUCAGGUAUGACCUAUAGACCCCCCACGUCACAUGGGAGGGUGCGGCAGGCAGCUCGGACCAGGAGCCAAAAUAAGGUUGGGCCUAGUCAAGAGCCCAGUCAGGCGCCCAAAGGAGCCGAAGCCUGGACGUAGGAAGGAGGUGGUAGAGGUUCCGGAGGAAGAGGAAGAGGAUGACGAUGAAGAGGAUGAGAGGCUCCGACAAGAGGAUGAUCAACGGGCGGAGCUGAGGGCCAAAAAGAGGAAGGCCCAGGAGGAGGCCGAGCCAAGCCUGCCCGACAACGUGCCUAAGAGGAAGAAGUACGCGGUCCGGAUGGAGGAAGGCUUUGAUGUGGAGCGGAUGGUGGACAAACUCCUGGAAGGCCAUAAUGACUUGAUGAACCUAAAGGACAUCCUGGCUUCGGCGCCAAGGCUCCGUGAAAUGAAGAUCAUCAGGGAGAAGGAGGCGGUGAUGAUAGGCGUGGAGAUCGACCGCUCGGACCAUGGCAUGCUGCACGACGCUAACCGCAAGGCCGCCUUUUGCGGCACAGCGUCAAAUGUGAUUAUAGAGAUUGGAAAGGUGCAAGCCAGGACUUGCUUUUUCGUUAUGCCCGAUGUCGAUCACCCCAUCCUUCUGGGGCGGUCGUUCCUGUGCCGGACGAAAAUGUUGAUCUUCAACAAGCACGACGGAACAAUGAUCCUGCUCCUGUGCGACCCGGUGUGUGGGAAUUAUGAAGUUAUCACCUGCCGGAACACGGGGCCGGGGAGCGGGAGGAAUAGGCCCAAUCUAGGCUCGUUCACCUUUGAAGAGUCAGAGAAUGAGCGGAGACGGUUUUGGGAAGUGCCCGAGGAGGAAGAUAGGACUAAGGUGCUGACAUUGAGCCUCACGGAUGUGAAUAAGGCCAUGAAGUUGGUAUCGGCUCACGACAUGGAGGAUCCGGAGGCCAUUAAGGCAUUGAGGGAACAAGUUUUGGAGAACCCUCAGGUGGGGAAGGUGGAGUUGGUGUAUCGGCUUCCGGGAGGGAGGGGAGGCCCUGCGAUGGCCCAGGCCCGAGCGACAAGUCGGCCUUUUUUUAGGGGAGGGCUUAAGCAGGGUUCCCAAAGGCGGUACAAGACCAUAGAUAAGAAGUGCCGCCCAGUUUCCAUGCUCGUCACAGAGGAUGAGGAAGCCUACUACGAGCGGGAGCGAGGGUUGAUACGGCGUAUGCGGGAGCACGCGUUGGAUGGGCUGUGUCGUAUCAACGACGAAAAUGAGGGGAAGCUGAUAAUUGGGGAGCCCGACUUUCUAUCGCCCCAGGAGAGAGCGUUGAUGGUGGGGCUGAUGAAGAAAAGGCACCGCGCGUAUGCAUUCAACGACGACGAGCGUGGGAGGCUGGAUGUGGACAAGAUCUCGAUGAUCAGGAUCCACACGGUCCCACAUGAGCCAUGGAAUCUAAGGGGCGCGCGGUACCCCAAUCCGGACGAGGAAAAGAUGGUGGUGGACUACCUGGACGGCAAGAUGCGGACGCACGUGGCCGAUUAUUCCAGUGGGCCGUAUGCUUCGUCUUGGUUUUGUUUUAUUAAGCCAAAUGGGACACUAAGGUGGGUGCAAAACUUGCAACGGCUAAAUGCGGUGACAGUGCGGGACGCGGGAGGAUUGCCGAACGCGGAUGCACUGUCAGAAUCGUGCGCAGGGAGGCCUAUAAUCUCGCUUAUAGACCUCUACUCGGGGUAUGACCAAUUCCCCGUAUACCUGCCAGACAGGCCCGUAACGACAAUGCACACUCCCAGAGGGCUGAUUCAUAUGAAUGUGGCGCCUCAAGGUUGGACGAAUGCAGUGACGAUGGUGCAAAGGCAUAUGAUCAGAGCCAUGCAGAUGGUCAACCCACAUAUCACUCAGCCCUAUAUCGAUGACCUAGCGGUCAAAGGUCCGAAGGAGAAGGAGGAAGACGAAGUGAUGCCCGGUGUGCAGCGCUUUGUCUGGAAGCAUGUCCAAGACAUCGAUCAGGUUCUGGGGUUAUUGGAGGAACAUAACCUGACGGCGAGCGGCCCUAAGACGAAACAUUGUAUAAGGGAGGCCACGAUUCUAGGCUUUGUCUGUAAUGAGAGUGGGCGAAGGUCUGAUGUAAAGAAGAGAGACAAGAUUCUUGAGUGGCCGGUGCCCUUCCGCUCGGUAACAGAUGUGAGGAGCUUCCUUGGGACGUGCGGAUUUUGGAGGAGCUUCGUGAAGGACUUUGCCACGAAGAUGGAAAAUUUAAGGAAGUUGGUGCGCCAGGAUCAAGAAUGGGUUUGGGGCGAAGACCAGGAAGAGGCGGUCGGUAGGAUGAAGGGAGAGUUUAAGGAAGGAGGCUUGGUAUUGGGAGCGCCAAACUAUGAGGCCACGAAGGAAAGACCAUUCGUCAUUGAGACGGACGCAGGGCCAACUGCCUUGGGAGGAAUCAUGAUUCAGGCAGAUACUGAGGGGAAGGAGAGGCCGCUAAGAUUCGAAAGUCGCACCCUCAAUAUAAUUGAGAGGAACUACUCUCAGUUCAAGAAGGAGACGCUGGCGGUACUUCAUUGCCUAAGGACCUUCUGGAACUAUGUUUUUGGCAGGAGGCUCAUCUUGAGGGUGGACCCUACUGCACUAGCAUGUUCCCUGAAGAAUUAUACUCCAUCUGACCCAACCGUCGCAAGAUGGUUGACCUACAUUUGGAUGUUUAAUUUCGAGUUGGAAAGGAUCCCAGGGAACAAGAACAGGGCAGAUGGGCUAAACCGCAUCAACUGGGACGGAUCGGACGAGGAAUCGAUAGAAGACACGCCGCCAGUUGAUGGGUUUUUGGAUCAAGAGGAGGACGUCCGCCUGCACAUAAACGAAUGGUCCCUGCGAGUGCCCAGUACGCACAGUCUGGUGGAGCAAGUGAGGACAAUAGAGGAAGGCCCCACUCAGGUAGAGGAGCAUGAGCAGCUAAUGGGACGGAUGUACCUGCUCACCAAUACGCUCCUGCAGGGAGACUUCGACCGGAAGGGCUCGUUUAGUCACGAGGAGAAUGAGAUUCUGGUUCCUAAAAGCCGAGACAACGAAUUCGAGGAAGGAGAAAUCAAGGAGGCGUUUCGGGCGGAGGAGUACGAUGGGAUCUACCGGGAAUUGGGGUUGCUCCUAUCAUGUGAGAUGAGGGAUAGAGAUGCAAGUGCCAAGGCACAGAAGAUGAGGCACCUCUAUGUGGUAAGAGACGGCCACUUGUUUAUAAAGCGGCAGGUCGGGAACCCCAAGAKGAUYGUAUGUGGGAGAAACCGGCAAAUUGAUAUCAUAGCGGCCCUACACGAUGGUAGAGCAGGGGGGCACAUAGGAGUAGGUGCCACAUGCGCGAAGAUAAGCGAGCUCAACCACCGGGAUGAGAUGCUGACGAUGGUUAUCAAAUAUUGUCGGUCCUGUAUACCUUGCCAAGAGAGGUCAGCGCAAAGGCCUGGAGAACCCCUACACCCAAGGUUAGAAAGGGAAGUGGGUGCGGUCGUACACCUGGACCUGUUAUUCAUGCCAACAGGGGAGAAUGGGUGUAACUACAUCUUCGAUGCACGGGAUAACCUUACUGGGUUUGUGGACGGACGAGCUAUCCGGACGAAGACUGGCCCGGUUUUGGCGAACUGCAUCGAGGAGUAUCACCUGCGAUACCCUUUUGUCAGGGAGUUCGUGAUGGAUCGAGGAUCAGAGUUUACCUGCAAUGAGAUGCUGAGGGCUUCGCCAAUGGGACCGGACGGAUUGCCUAUUCGAUUGGAGGAAGGCAAUGAGGAGGAGUUCAUCCCGGCCUAUGAGCAGUAUAUGCGCGACCAGGGGACUGGGCAGGAGGAGUGGAUGCAGAUGCUGCCCCUCUGGACACGGAGGGCGGAGAGGUCGUUGGCGAGGCAGAUCCGGGACAGAGCACGCGACUGGGAGGACUGCCAGACCCAGUUGAGACAUGCAUUUCGACGACUUGAGCCCGAGAGACCAGAGCCCAGGGUGAAGAGACGACAAAGGAGUAAGAGGCCACGGGGUCCAGAGGCAAGAGGGACCACUACGACCAGAGGGGGCCGAAAGGCCUUGGCACAGCGAGAGGGGCCAGCAGAGGCCACCCAGGCGGUGGAGCCAGUUCAGGCCGCGGGGCCAGCUCAGGCGGCGGAGCUACCCCCUACCUAUGGACUCGAGCAGGUGGAGUUUCGCCGAAUCACGGACAGUGAUCUACGGGGCCCGUCGCCGGCAUUUCCAGAGGGGGGGGAGGCGGUGUCAUUGAGGACGCCGCUCGACAGGUUGGAGGCUCAUCUCGAUGCGUCCCAGUGGGGGGCGUCGCAGCUGGGAGCGGACCAGAGCGGACCGGCACGGUAUGAGCCAAUAGAGGAUGAGCCAGAGGAGGAGCCACCUGAGCCGGGGCCUGAGGCGGGGUCUCGCGAACCCGAGGAGCCGCAGACUGAGGGGGUUAUCACUGUUGGGGAUGAUACCCUUCCUCCUACCCCGAUUCCAGAACAGGCGUGGCAGUAUUGGCCUGAAGGAAUUCCUGAGCCGGACAACAAGGAGAUGUUGGGGCCCCCACCGAAAGCUACUACGCCAUCCCCGACACAGGCGGAGCCAGAGGGGGGCGAGAGGGCGAGGACACCUACUACUGUGGCGCCACAACUAACUGAGUCUACAGGUGCACGCAUGGAUGUGGAGGUGCUGACAUCCGGGGAGCCUCCGCCAGAGCCUCCACCCGCAGAGGAGGGGACUAGUGAGAGAGAUCCACUGCGAGAGGGUCACGAGGCGAGGACAGGAAAGCCACCGGAGGAGACGAAAGAAGAGAAGCGCGCGAGGGUGCAGGUACGCCUCGAAGAGCUAUACCAGGAAAAGCUUAGGAUGGAGGCCGCAGGAGAAGCGCCAAAGCCGCCAAUUGACCCUCCGACGAGCGAGCAGAGGAUUAGCGAGGUUUGGGCCAGCUAUGAGAGUGAGAGGGAUGCUGCUCGCCUGAGGUCGCAAGAGGUAGGACAGGAGAGUGCAAGGGUGGACGAGGCACGAGAAACAAAGGACUUGGGAUUUUCAGCCGCCAGGAUGGAGAUUGAGCGUGCAGACAGGAGGAUAGGUGAGGUGGCGAUCCCGUCCUUCCAGCGGUACUCCAUGCUUAGCGAUGAGUUGGCGGCCUCGAGUUUAGAAGUGGGACAGUUGUCCACCCAAUUGGCGGAAGAGAGGGCAGAGAACCAAGCGUGGAGGUCCCGCAUGGAAGUCAAGGAGGCGGAGUGGGAGAAGAGGCUCCAGGACAUGGCGACAAUGGUAGAGAGGCUCUCGGCCACUAAGGUGGUCGACUGGACGGAGCAGAGCCGGUAUGGUAUCCAGGGGAAGGAGGUACAGGGGCUCUUUGGCCAGGAAGGGACGACAGAGACGCUACAGCAAGAGGGAAUGGGGAAGGUGUUCCUGGAUCCGACAGAGGUGGCAGCAAAGCGGGAGGCCGAGGAGAGGAGGUUCAGCUUCAGAACUCCCACAGAGUUGGCCUCGCGACAGGCCACCCCUAUGACGAUUGAGGGUCCUGGGGACGAGCCGACGCAGAGACCCCAACCUCCAGUGGCGGAGGGGGGGCCCACAGAGGAGUCCCCUACGAUCGUUUUGGAGGUGCAGGAGGGUGCCCUUACGGGAGCAGCAGCAUCCACUGAGCCGGAGGUAAUGGGGGGAGAGGCGUCUCGACUGGACGAGUUGGUGGCAGCUAUGGAGCUGGACAUGCCGUCAGGAGGGCCUCAGAGGCAGGAGACCCCGGAGCGCGUGCCAGAGAUAGGGGAGCUGAGGACGCAGUUAGGCUCUUGGUCUACUGGAGAUGACUCAGGAGAGCACAUCUCAGAGUAGCAGCAGGAAGUUAUGAGCGAGCCAGCGACUGCCGUGACUCCCCAACCUUCUGACCUGCAUAGGGACGAGGGGGCGACUGCGAUGGAAGGAGUCUGCGAGGGUAGGCCACUGAGAUUGGACACUCCAGCGUACCGACCCGAGGGAGAUGAGAUGCUAGCAGGGUCGAGUACCCAGAUGAUGGAGGCAGGACCGGCAGAGUCAUGGAGUAUGCCCCAGA